AUGGACGAGCAGCUUGUCCAAGACUGGACAACGCAGGUUCUCGUGCCGUUUCUGAAGCCGCUGCGCGUGGAGGAAGGACGGCAUAAGGAUGCGCUCCUCGACUUCGACUCGUACCGAGGCCACACCACUGAAGCAGUCGGCCAAACGAUGAAGCUGUUCAAGCUCACGCGCGCGGUGAUCCCCGGCGGUUGCACGUCACUGCUGCAACCGCUGGACGUUUCGGUGGAGGUGCUGGAGGAUGUGUGCGAGGCGGAGCUGGACGAGCUCAUCCCCAACCCCUUCUACUCUGACCCUGCUGCCGCUGCUGACAAGGACGGCGAUGCCGCCCUGGGGGCGGCAGUUGCAAAGGGGGGGGAGGCGGAGGAGGACUCUGAGGAGGACGAGGACUACGAGACGGAAGAGUCCGAGGAGGAUGAGGACUCCUCGGAGGAUGAGGACUCCGAGGAGGAUGAGGACUCCGAGGAGGAUGAGGACUCCGAGGAGGACGAUGAGGAGGAGGGUGAGGCGGAAGAGGAGGUGGGUGUUGGGCAGGGAUGGGACGAUGAGGACGAGUGGUGGGCAGAAGGGCGAUUUGACUGGGAGGAGGUGGAGGAGUGGGUUGCUGGGCAGGAUGAUGAGUAG